UUUCUUCGGCAUUCGUAGUGAUUACCUCUUGCAGUGCUGUUCUCUACCUGUAUACUUGUGCGUCGCCGAAAUUGUAACUUCCGAAAAAUGUACAGACAAGCUGUAGGAUGGAUGCUGUUCGCACUGUUGACGAGUAGCCUUACCAUCCAUACAUUCGCCUACCCUAAUCAACACGAAUUUGUACCCGCACGAACUCCACAACUACCCUCUGAACGCAUCGAACGAAAAUUUGCGGAGAAACCGAACGCUAUCAAGAAAGUAUCGCUAGACAACUUAUCCGACCUUGAGACGAACAGCAUAGAAGACAGUAGUAGCUCGCAAAAUGGAUUUUCAUGGUCCAAUCUUUUAGGAGUCAUUAUGCACAUGCUCUUUACUCCUGGAACUCCAACUGGGCCGAACAAGUCGGAAAGCUUGGACGAUAGCGUCGCCCCAUCGCCUUGGGCCAACCUGUUAUCAGUUGGAUUGAAAAUCCUCACCGCAUUUUUGGGCGGAGGACCUGUAGGAGGUGAUGGUAUUGAUAAAGUUGAUAACGGUUCAUCUCCAUUACAAGAAAUUUUAGCGGCGAUUCUUCCUUCCUUCCUGGGCACAAGCGAUCGGGAGCAAGUUAACACAAUUGCUAAGCAAGCAGGGGAGUUCCUUAACAUCAUUAUGAACCUAUUGGAAGCGCUCAAGACAUCUUUCUCGCAUCGCUCCAUCGCCGCUCGCAGCGUCGGAAGGAAGGAUUCAAUCAGCGACGCCGCGGUCGCCGGGAUUAGUCUAAUGAAGGGCUACGUAAGAUCGUUAGGAACGAGCGAGGAAUCCUGUAUGCAGAAAUACGUAUGCGACGCUAACAGGGAGUGCAGUAGCGACGUCGGACAGACUUCAAUUUUCUGUCACCUUGGAACUUAUGCUGUUAGUUUCGUAAUGGAGCGAUCGACGGGAAGCAGUUUUGACGUUUUGUAUGAAGCGGGAAGAAGAGGUCGAUCUGGCGAUAACUGUCAACAAGCUUUCUUAGAGUGCAACGAAGUAUGAUAGGUGACAAUUUUUCUUAACGGAUCGUGAGUUGUACUAGACAGUAUUAGUCGCUGAUUUUUAAAUUCGUUUCCAAAUUUUUCUAGUUAGAUAUUUAAUACAGGCUGAAAUUCAUCGCUCAGGUUCGAAACAACUUUGAAUAGUUACAUAAGAUCACUUAUUUAUAGAUUCUGGAAAGACUUAUUGUCAAAUGUAAUUGUUAUAACACGUUGCGUAUGUACAAAUGUGUGAAUGAAUGCGAAUGCAGUGUAGAUUUACGUUAAAGAAAUUACUUAUUGCAAAAUGGGAAAUGCGAAAUGCACAGUUUAAAUUUUGUGUUCACCAAUUUGGAUUUGCUUCAUUGUAGUAGACGUAAAACCGAGGAAGAUAUUGAAGUUAGUUGUUAAUGUUUGUAGUUGUAUUUUAAAUUAUUUAAUUUAAAUAUAAAAAUUAAAAGUC